AUGGCUACCAGACUGGAGAGAAUUGGUCUUCCGAGGGUAAUUAUUCCUGCCAGGAGCCUGCAGCUCCCAAACUCCCUGGGCCCAAGGGAUCAGGGAAGAAAUAAAAUGACACUGACUGCAGUUUCCAACCUGCCCUGCCCUCAGAAACCCAGCUUCCUGCCGAUGGGUAGAUUGCCGACAGUCCUGGUGGGCCAGAGUUCUGACGGGAAGGAGUUUCUGCUUGAUGUGGAGAGGUUUAUGCAAUCACCGAAGGUUUUUGAGGAGUGGGAAGAUAUGCCCAGAACAAUGUUUUGGAAAAAGGAUUCAGGCAGCAAAGAAAUGGCCAACGGCUCUGCCGGAACCCGGUUCCUGCUCAGUGGGUUUUCUGAGGUGCAGGAGCUGCAGCUCUUGCAGGCGAUGCUGUUCCUGGUGAUCUACCUGACGGCCCUGGUGGGGAACCUCCUCCUCCUCACGGUCAUCACCCUCCACCGGGACCUCCACACCCCCAUGUAUUUUUUCCUGAAGAACCUGUCCUUCUUAGACAUCUGCUACAUCUCCGUCACCGUCCCCAGAUCCAUCUUCUGCUCCCUGACCGGGGACGGUUCCAUCUCCUUCCUCGGGUGCGUCACCCAGGUCUGCCUGUUCGUCUGGCUGGCAGACACCGAGGUGGCCCUGCUCACGGCCAUGGCGUUGGAUCGCUACGUCGCCAUUUGCCACCCGCUGCGCUACGAAGUCAUCAUAACCGGGACGGCCUGCGUCCAGAUGGCAGCCAUCUCGUGGCUCGGCGGGGGCCUCUCCGCCGUCGCUCACACCACGACGACCUUCUCCGUCCCCCUGUGCGGCCCCCGCGUAAUACACCAGUUCUUCUGUGACAUCCCCUCGCUGCUCCAGCUCUCCUGCUCUCAUUCUAACCUCGGCGAAUUGGUGCUUGUGGCCUCCAGCUGCAUCCUAGGCCUGGGCUGUUUUGCUCUCGUGGUCGCCUCUUACGUCCGCAUCUUCUCUGCCGUCCUGAGGGCCCCAUCCCAGGGCCGGGCGAAAGCUUUCUCCACCUUUCUCCACCUGACCCUGACCGUCUUUUACACCGUCCUGCCCCCGGCCCUGAAUCCCGUCAUCUACAGUCUGAGGAAUCGAGAGGUGAAGGCCGGUCUGAAACACGUCCUCCAUGCAGCGUGUCUGCGCAUCCAACACCCUGCCUAG